AACCGCCUCCUUCACUCCCUCAGACAACUUACCUCCUCAACUGUGGCUCUUCCUUCAACCGCGUCUUCAUCGGAGAUUCCAAUUCCGGGUCGGGUUUUGUCUCCACAGGCCGGUCCACCUCCAAACUCACCCUCUGCUUCAAGCUAUAGCUUUAGCAUCAAGAAAAUUGGAACUCACUUGGCAGACGAAGAACAGGGGGUUGGUAAGAGGUGAUUGCUCUUGGAUUUUUGGAAAGCUACACUCAAAACACUGAAUCAGUUUUUGUCAUUAGAACCAACCACCUCGUAUACUGCUUUGAUCCGUAGCUGGGGUCAUAGAGAAUCACUAAUAGAGCUUACAAAUCAAAAGGAGAUCGUAGGAGAUCUUUUCAACCAACCUCGACUUGCCUCUCAAAGACGAACUAAAGGGCGUCCUGCUCAAUCAUCUUUUCAGCUUUGUACAAGAUAAAAGAGGACCAAAAUUUGGAGUUUCAGUAUGGAAAAUUUUGAACAGCCUAUGGACUUGAGCUCUGGAGGUGGCGAUAGCAAUGCAAUCAUCUUGCCAAAUAAGAGAAAGAGGAAAAGGAAGGGUACUACUCAGGGUAAGAUACUUGGCACAAGAAAAACACCGAAGAUGACCAAAUCCCAGGAAAGGAAGUUGCAAAAGUUGGAGGUCGAGAAGGAAAAAGCCCUUUUGCUAUCCAAGAGCAUUGAUGCCUUAGGGAAAUAUAAGCUUCCGGAGGGUGCAUAUUCUCUUUUGCAAUCAUCAAAAGAUAUUGGCCAGGUUGAAUCAAAAAAGGAAAAACGUAGGAAGGCUGUACUAUUCUCCAAAGCUGGAUUAGAAGUUCCCUAUACCAACCAACCAUUAAAAAAGAAAGAUGGUAUGGAUGCUUGUAGUGAAAGUGAACCUGAGUCGGAAAGAACUCAGUUAAGGCAGGAUCUUGACAAAAGUGGUCAAGUACAACCGAUGGUAAUACAAAAGGAAAUCCAAAAGACCACAUCUGUAUAUUUGAACUCCUCGCAGGGGCUAGUCUAUAGCAGAGGACAUGCUACGAAUGGUGGUCCUGCCGCUGGCUCACUGUCUAAAAAUGUUAUUUGCAACGUGUCUUUGCCAGAAAACAUAGCUUCUAGUGUGAAUGAUGACCAUGAAAGAACAGAGGCAAUGGAUAGAGUAAAAGGGAGCCCAAAGGUGACUUCAAGCAGGACAGGUGAAUUUUCUGAUUUUGCUGCUCCAAGGUCUCUGAUCGCUCCAACUAUAGUGCACGUAUCAAGGCCGGUUGAAGUUGAAAACACAAGGAAGGAUCUUCCAAUAGUAAUGAUGGAACAGGAGAUUAUGGAGGCUGUUAAUGACCAUUCCACUGUUAUUAUAUGUGGAGAAACAGGGUGUGGUAAAACCACUCAGGUUCCUCAGUUUCUUUUUGAAGCUGGCUUUGGUUCAAGCCACUCUUGUCAUCGAAGCGGUAUUAUUGGUGUCACUCAACCUCGUCGUGUUGCAGUCCUUGCAACUGCUAAGCGAGUUGCAUAUGAGCUUGGUCUGCAUUUAGGUAAAGAGGUUGGCUUUCAAGUUAGGUUUGACAAAAAAUUUGGCGACUGUACCUCUAUCAAGUUCAUGACAGAUGGAAUAUUACUACGCGAGCUUCAGAGUGAUUUUUUGUUAAAGCGAUACUCUAUAAUAAUUCUUGAUGAAGCUCAUGAGCGGAGCUUGAGCACGGACAUACUUAUUGGAAUGCUUUCUCGUGUAAUUAGUACUCGCCAGGAAAUCUAUGCUAAGCAGCAAAGGGCUGUGCUUUCAGGAAAAACUAUAGAUCCUGGACAACAAGUUUUUCCAUUAAAGCUUGUGCUGAUGAGUGCCACCUUGCAAGUGGAAGACUUCAUUUCUGGUAGAAAGUUGUUUCAUGAUGUCCCGCCAGUUAUAGAAGUUCCCACUAGACAAUUUCCAGUAACCACUCACUUCUCAAAAAGAACUGGGACGGACUAUGUUGGCCAAGCAUAUAAAAAAGUCUUGGCAAUUCACAAGAGGCUACCCCGUGGGGGCAUACUUGUCUUUGUCACUGGGCAGAAGGAAGUAGAGUUCUUGUGUCGAAAACUACGUAGAGCUUCAACAGAACUGGUCAUGAAAACAUCUAGAGGGAAAAUUGGGUGUAAUGCCACUGAUGCUUCUAAAAAAGAUGUUGAAUUACUAGAUAUGAACGAGAUUAAUGAAGCAUUUGAGGUUGAAGAAAAUUUAGCCGACCAUCAAAUAGACAGGUUUAGCUCUGUUGAUGAAGUUCUUGGUAAUAUAUACGAGGAUGAUUCGUAUGAUUCAGACACAGACAGUGAAGUGGAAAUUAUUGAGGAUGAUGGGGGUUUAUUGUUACACGAUCCCCCAGAAAUUGAUGGUGUUGGUGCAGAUGUUUUAGGAGAGACAGGGAGCAUUGCUUCACUGAAAGCUGCUUUUGAAGCUUUGGCCGGUAAAACUGAACUGUACUCUAGUUCUGAUGGGAAACAGCCAAUUUCAGUUACUGUAGAUGCUUACUUUAAUAAAUCCCAUCCUAGUCUUGGGAAAAAGAGUGAGGUUGAUAUUGAUAAUUCCCCAGGUGGCUUGCAUGUUCUCCCUCUUUAUGCUAUGCUGCCUGCGGCUUCUCAGCUUCGCGUAUUUGAAGAAGUCAAGGAAGGAGAUCGACUAGUUGUUGUAGCCACGAAUGUGGCUGAGACUUCUUUAACCAUACCUGGGGUAAAGUAUGUCGUCGAUACUGGCAGAGUAAAAGUGAAAAACUACAAUUCCUCAAAUGGUAUGGAAACAUAUAACAUAAAGUGGAUAAGUAAGGCAUCAGCUGCUCAACGUAAAGGAAGAGCCGGAAGAACGGGACCUGGGCACUGUUAUCGUCUUUAUUCUUCUGCAGUAUAUAAUAAUGAAUUUCCCGACUUUUCUCCAGCUGAAAUAUUGAAAGUCCCUAUUGAUGGCGUUGUCCUUCUCAUGAAAUCUAUGAAUAUUGAAAAGGUAUCCAAUUUUCCAUUUCCAACUCCACCUGAUGUUGCUGCCUUGGGUGAAGCAGAACGUUGCUUGAAUGCCCUUGAAGCACUUGACAGCAAUGGCAGAUUAACACCUUUAGGGAAGGCCAUGGCUCGUUACCCCAUGAGUCCUCGCCACUCCAGGAUGCUCCUUACGGUUAUUCAAAUCAUGUACAACGAGAAAAGUUAUUCCCGCAGUAAAUUAAUUCUAGCAUAUGCAGUUGCAGCAGCGGCUGCUUUGAGUUUGUCAAAUCCUUUUGUGAGGCAGUUUGAAAAUGACUCAAAUAACCAUGACUUGGAUCAGGAUGAAAAUCUCAGCACUCCUGUGAACAAUAAGGUGUUAGAGAAGCAAGAAAAGUUAAGGAGGAAGAAACUAAAAGAAACUGUAAAGGUGUUUCGUGAAAAAUUUUCUAAUCCUGUCAGUGAUGCUCUGUCUGUAGCUUAUGCUUUGCAGUGCUACGAACUUUCUAGGAGCCCACUAAAGUUCUGUGAUGAUAAUGCCCUACACCCAAAAACGAUGGAGGAAAUGUCCAAGUUGAGAAAGCAACUGCUCCAACUUGUAUUUAGUCAAUGUGGUGUAUCUGGCAGUGAGAAGGAUUUUUCAUGCAUUUUUGGAAGUUUGGAAGAUGUUGAACAUGUUUGGAGGGCUUCCCAUGAUAAGAGUCCUCUUUCACUGUAUGAGGAAGACCUCUUAGGCCAAGCUAUCUGUGCUGGUUGGGCAGAUAGGGUGGCGAAACGUAUUAGAGGAACCUCAGGGUCAUCUGAAGUAGAUAGAAAAGUUCAUGCAGUGCGGUAUCAAGCCUGCAUGGUUGAAGAGACUGUGUUCCUCCACCGUUGGUCAUCUGUUUCUAAUGCUGCCCCAGAGUUUUUGGUGUACACUGAGCUAAUACAGACAAGACGUCCAUACAUGCAUGGCGUUACUAGUGUAAAACCAGAAUGGCUUGUAAAGUAUGCUCCGUCUUUAUGCACUUUCUCUGCAGCCUCAUCCAAUGCCAAACAGUAUUAUGAGCCUGUGACUGACCAAGUGUUACAUGAUGUCAUUCCAGCCUUUGGUCCUCAUCUAUGGAAGCUUCCCCCACAUAGUUUGCCUAUUACUAACUAUGUCUCUCGAGUGGCAGUUUUUGCUUAUGCUUUGCUUGAAGGCCAGGUUUUGCCAUGCUUGAGACGUGCUCGUGAGUUUAUGAAGGCACCUCCAGCUAGUAUUUUACGGCCAGAGGCAGAAGGGCAAAGACGGGCUGGAAAUUUGUUAGCUAAGUUGAACAUAAAAAAGAUAGACAGCUGUGCUAUGUUAAGAGAGAUCUGGAAGGAGAAUCCUAAUGAAUUGCAUUCAGAAAUCCAGGAUUGGUUUAAGGAGAGUUUCCGCAAGAAUUUGGCAGCUCUAUGGUCAGACAUGCUUAGGGAAGUUCUUUUAGAGCCGCAAGAACGGUUUUCAAAGAGGGAGAUCAGAAGAAUUGAAGUUAAAAGAUAAACUAAAUGGUUAGUUUGGAUGUUGGACGAGCACACUGACACAAACAUUGUUUGCCUGAAUAUGAGAGUCAAAAUUGUAGUCCGUUUAAACUUUUUGUUUGCUUGUUAUUCUAUUUGAACUCCCAGCAAUUUCACUUUUAACUAUUGUUUGCUUACAGGUCUACACACCAGUGUAUUUUAGGGCUGGUUAGUUACAUGAAAAAAGAAAGAAAGAUAAAAACUAAAGUAAACAUGGGUAUACAUAUUACUUGAAAGUGUCAUUUUAAAAUUUAUAUUAUCAAUUAAGUCAAUAUAUGUUUUUAUUUCUCAUUAAGUCACCAAAACAUAAAAAAGAUCAAUAUUUACAAAAAAAUUGUGAUAUCCAGUCAACUUAACUUAUUUUUUUUUACUGUUCACUGAUGGUUAUUUUCUUUUAGGUGAGUUCUUGUUAUCUGGAUUGGUAAAUUGACCUAUUACUUAUUUAGUAUUUGUUUAAUAUGUAUCUGUUUUGUUUUGUUUGUUGGUAGUAAAACAAAUAAAAUGCCUUUAGUUAGCAAGCGUGGUUAAGACUAUAUAUGUGGCUACAGCUUACUAAUAUACCUUUUGCUAUAGCUAAUUUAAAUGGGGAAAUAGGAGCUGGAGGGGUUCUUAGAUAUCAUUAUGGUAACUGGAUACAUGGAUUUGUUGCUCAUCUUGGGCAUGGUCAGGUUUUGGAAGUUGAGACAUGGGGUAUGUUAUUGGGAUUACAAAUGGUUGCUGAUCUUGAAAUGGAUAAAGUUGCCCUGGAAUGUGAUUCUGAAGUGUUGGUUAAUCUGAUGAAUAGUGAAUUUGAUGAUAUGCACCCUGUGAAGACGGUUAUUUUGUCUCCAUCUUCAAAGUAGCUUCUCUGUGUGUGUGAUUAGCCACGUGUUUUGAGAAGUUAAUAUGGUUGCAGAUGCCCUUUCAAGAUGCAAUUUAUCUGCUGAGAAGUUUUGUUAGGUUUGGGGCUGAAAAUGAGAGGACAAAGGCCAUUGUGGAAAUGAAUGGUGCAUAUUGUUCGAGCAGGCCCAUGCAUAUAGGUGUUGCAAUGCCAAAAAAUCAUCUGGAUAUCAACAACAGUACUCUUCACAAGGAUUGGUAUUGGCUGGAGGUGGUGGACAUGCAAAUGCCAAAUGGUGCCAUUGCCCAAGGUUCUCAGUCUGAUGGCGAGCCCAAUAACACAACUAUAUUUGUUGAACGGCUUGAUUCUGAUGUCAAUGAGGAAGACCUCAGGCCACCAUUUUCUCAAUUUGGUGAAGUUGUCUCUGCAAAAAUACCGGUUGGAAAAGCAUGCGAUUUUGUUCAGUUUGCUAAUAGGAAGGAUGCUGAGAAUGCAAUGAAUAUGCUAAAUGCAACUGUUAUUGGAAAGCAAACAGUUCGUCUGUCUUGGGGUUGCAGUCAAGGCAACAAGCUCCCUAUUGCAGUUCAAUAAAUACCGUUUGGAGAUCGGACUCAAGUAACCAGUGGAACAAUGGAGGACAUUAUGGAGGGCAGGGGUAUGGUGGGUACGCAAAUGCUGCGCCACAGAAUCCAGAUCUGAGUAUGCAUGCUGCAGCUGCCGUUAACGGGUCUUCUUAACAGGGACAUUGCAGUUGCUAGCCGCAUGUAAACUGAACUUUUGUGAGUGGAUUUUUAGAUAUAGUUGUCAGUGUCGUUAAUUUCUGCAGGAUUGAUUUAGCUGCUUAUUUAGCUAAAUCUGUAAUAUGUGGAAUUUUGUGGCUGGAUUGAAUCAUCUUGAAGUCGAUGUGUGAGAUUAAUACUUUAUUUAGAGUUCUGGGUCUGCCUGAAUUUUUUUUA